UAUCCGCGUGAACUGACGGGCAGGGUCAGGCGAAGGUCCUGGAAUGUAGACCAGGGAUUCCUCCACGUAUCGUGACAACUGACAACCCUGGAUGCGAUUUUGUUUUUAAUCUGUCAUGCGCUUCACCUCAAACUGGUAUGACUGGUGUUUUAGAAUGAGGAAAUAAACGGAGCACUUUAUUCUGGUAGCGAGUCACUAAUGGUUUUAAAAAGAUUAAAAAAUAACCUCAGUCAAAUGAGCAACCGCUUGAGUGACAGGUUACGUCCGUGGAGAGGAACUCUUUAUGGUAAAUGGAUGUAGGGAAGUGAGAGAGACAUGAGGGGGCGGAGUUAAUUGUCAAGUGACAUGCUGUACGGGACAGCCUCUGUGGCGUUUAAAGGCAAAAACAAGCAGACACUGACGUUUGGACUUUCUCAGAGAUCUUUCUGUCCUGUGGGUUUUGAGACAACUUAAAACAGCGGCCACCAGGAAAUGCAUGGCGAAACGCACACAGACAGCGAUACACACAUGUUGUGUCAGCGCAAGAGGAAUGCCUUGAAGAGUAGAACAGAAAAGAGUGCGAAUGCCACUCCGCAACAGUGUGGGACUCUCCCUGCAGGGAACUCUGUCCUCGACCCACAGGCAUGCAAGUGAACUGAGUCGGUCCCAGCCCACUUGGCCCGGGUGUCAUGACUUGUAGUGGAGUGUAGUUCUCUGUGCAACAUGGGUAACACAAUAAGCCAAGAAGACAUCUCUCCUGCUGAGCUGGAUGCCUUGUGGAGGGAACCACCAUAUAAUCUCGGGGGGACCCACGAACACUUUUCUGGAAAUUACAUCAUGACUGAAGGUGUAGGUGAAGAUGAGGACGGCCCCCUGAUGGAGUCAGAAGUAGACGCAGAGCCAGACAACUACUGGAAGAGAAAAGAGACCCUUCUUAAAGGAAGUCGGGUGACAGUGGGCGAAAAAUGCUCCUCAGAAGUUACGCUUCUUUUCACUGGACGCCGACGCUCCAGUGAGCGCCCUGACCGGGCUCUCCAGGAGGCCCUGCGCACCCGGCUCCGUGUAGUUGAGAGCAACAGCAAAGAUGUCAUCCAGUUAUUUAAGGACCUGUCUGCACGUCUAGUGUCUGUCCAUGCAGAGAAGGACAGUUUUGUCCUCACAUUUAAAACUGCAGAGGAACUCUGGAAGUUUUCGACUUAUCUAGCUUUAGGUUACGUGGCACGGUGCUUGGAGAACUUCUUGUGUGAUCAGUCCUUCUGGCUGGAGCCAAAAUUGCUCAGCGACUUGGAGAUUAGUGUCAAAGUAGAUGAGGAUCAUCUGGCCACCCUCUACCUAGAGCUUUUACUCCAGGAAGGAUCUUUCUUUGCUAAAACACUGUGCACAAGACAUGACGAGGAUGAUGAAGAUCAGCUGUCUUUCAAAAAGAAUGACCUUCUAAUGGUGAAGGACACGGGACAGGAGGAUAUGUGGGAGGGUACUCUGCUCUCCACUGGACAUCACGGCCUAGUGCCAAUCACUGCCACUCAGCCGCUUCCCUACCCUUUCUAUCAGUGGUUCCUGCGGAAUUACCCGGGCUAUGCAGGGUGCUCACCAACAGACAAGGAAGCAUUUGAACAUCCACUAGUGACAGGUUCGUGUGUAGCGGUGGUCGACUACAGUCCAGUGGUUCAAGAUGAGCUCCAGCUAAAUCAAGGAGACGUUGUGGAGAUUCAAGGACUACUUGUUAGAGGCCUUGGCGUCUUCAUUGGAAAACACUCCACCACUGGUCGUACAGGCUUCAUCAACAAGUCCCACGUCAAGCCUCUGGACACCAUGUCCCUUGAGACCCAUUUGGUAUUUCUGACCGAGGAGGAGCGAACCACGCUCGCUCAGACAAGACUGUUUAACUCCGAGUCGUGUGAUGGCAACCUAAUGGAAAGGCUCUUCUCAUCUGACAUCAGCUCGAUGUACAGGCUUGACAGGCUGGAUGAGACUGACUUCAUGUACAUCAGGAAUCGGCCCAAACGUGAUCACAAGGUCCCUGCAAGCACUCGUCAGAGUGUCAUGUCGGACAGAAGCGGCGGAACGCCCCCGUACCAAUCCUCCCCCCGCCCAUCGCUAUCGCACUCAUCACCUGGUGUGUCACUCUAUCAGUCCCACAAUUCUCUGACACAGGAGGGAGGGUGCCUGUCCUUCACUGUAGAAGACACAUUCAGAGAACUCAGUGAAUUCCAGGAAGAUCUCCCUCUCUUCUUGGAGGAAAACAUUUGGGAGGGGGACGAAUCAGAAGCUAGGGAUCCAACGUUGAUCCUGCUAAACCAUGACCACUUCCAGGAAGACUUCCUCCCCAUGUAUGACCUCAAGUAUUCCUUCCUGUGGGUGACCUUCAAUGGAAAGGGCGAGAGUGAGCUCUCAGGUCAGCUUGAGAGUGUCAGGGAGUGUGCCAAGAGGAUGGGGAUGCACUGGGCACAUAGGCGAGCAUGUUUCCUCCUGGGAAGACUCUGCGCCAGGAAGCUCAAGCUAUCGCAGGCUCGCGUGUACUACGAGGAAGCUCUGAGUGUUCAGGUGGAAGGCUUCAGAGACACACCGCUGUUGAUCGCUCUCCUCACUAACCUCACAGCCGUCUACCUGAAGCAGCGGAUGACUGAUAAGCUGCCCCUCACCCUGGAGAAGGCCAGCGCCAUGCUCCUUUGUCUUCCCAAACAUACCUACACAUCCUCCGAUGAAAUUGAACUGCUCAAACUGCUUCUGAGGAGAUCAAUGGUCACAGGGGAUAAAUAUCUGGAGGCCCGUGUGUGCUACCUUAUCUCCAGCCUCUUCCUGCUACUAAGGAAACCUGACGAUGCUCUUCCCUUUGUUGAGCGCCUCCAGUUCCUCUCCUCAACUCUCUCGGCCAACGACGGGCUUUCUGUAGGACCUCUGGACCUCAAUUGGCUAUUGAGUUUGCUCUAUCAUCGGAAAUACAUGCCUUACCUGGUGUUGGCUUCCCUGAGUCUCGACUCAAGACAAGACCACUCGCUCCGUGACUCCUUCCAGAGGAUUGAAAGGUUUAUCAGGAACUCAGCUCGCCUGAACCCAUUCUGGAAGGAGGGAACCUCGCUGCUUCCUGCCCAGAUUGUGGUUUACCUCCUGCAGGCACUGGCUAUAGCUGAGAAAGAGGGGGACUUAAAAUCGCAGCGGGACCUAUGUCUGGGCUUGGCCUCAGUUUACCAGCAGUAUGGUGCUCUUGAUAAGGCUGUAUGCUGUGCUCAACGAGCAGUGGAGACGGGAGGCUUCAUCAAUGAGGAGGAAGCUUUUGAAGCCUCUGUGUUGCUCAGCUGGCUGUUGGUUUUAACAGGCCAGGCUGAGAACGCUCAGGGUGUCCUACAACCACUGCUUAUAUCACUUCAGGGAUCGGACAGCUCUACUCAAAGAGGUGUCAUCCACAAUCUCUUGGCUUUGUGUCUGAGGCAACAGGGCUGUGUACCAGAGGCAGGCUGGCAACUCCACUCGGCCUUGGUAAUAUCCCGGGAAAGCGGAAACCAGAGGAAUCAGGCCCUGGCACUAGCCAACCUGGGCUGCCUGGCACUGCAUUCAGGGGCAUCUACACUGGCAGAGCAUUUCUUGGUCAGAUCUCUGCGACUUUUUGAGGAACUCUGGGAGAGCCCCACAGAUGAGGAGCAUGUGCAGACCUUCCUUUGGUUGGGGAGGAGCUACAAAGACAGGGGGCAGAGUCACCGCGUCAGGGUGUCUUAUGAAAUGGGAUUUCUAAUGGCACUGCAUGCCAGAAACCUGCCCAGUCAGUUAGUGGUGGCCAAGGUGCUGAGUCGGCUCUAUUCAGACCUACUGCUUUACGGCCAAAGCAUCGUCUAUUAUGAACACUGUGUGUCAGUAGCCAGGGAGCUGAAGGAUAAGAGACUUGAAGGAGAGUACCUUGAAAUCUUAAGCAGCCUCUACCUCUCACUAAAUACUGAAAGAUCAUCUCGUAAGUCUUUGGAUUACACCAAGCAAAGCCUGAGGAUUUCCAUUGAUUUAGGCAAGCGAGAAGAAGAAUCUGAGUCCUGGUUGCAGGUGGGAAGAAUUUAUUAUCUCAUCCAGGAGGACGAGCUGGCCGACAUGUACCUGCAGGCAGCAGUGAAGACGGCCCUGAGAAUGAACGACCCCCAUUUUUCGAUGAGCAUCUAUGAGGAAGCAGGGGACGUCUAUUUUAAAGGACACAGGAACAGGAUGGCUUCAGUGCCUUUCUACAGGGAUGGCAGUUUACCAUUUUCCCGAAGUAUCAGAGACACCCAUUCAGAGUUCCGCUUGUUGAGUAAACUAACACAGCUCUUAAUGGACCAGGGGGAGCAGGAAGAGGCUCUGCAAUAUGCGACACUAGCUGUUGAAGUAGCUAACAAAACAGGUGUGAAUAUGAAUGAGAGGACAGCCUACCAUCGACUGGCGACAGUUUACUACAACCUUCAGCAUUAUGAGAUGGCCGAGAACUACUAUCUCAAGUCCUUGUCUCUCUGUCCGCCCGUCAUGGAGCACCCAAUGGAAGCGCGCUACUACACUCAGGUCUACUGCAGGCUGGGAAAUCUCACGCUGCACAAGCUCAAGGAUUCUUAUGAUGCAUUGGGUUAUUUCCUCCUUGCUCUGGCAGCUGCCCUGGAGGAUCAAGCAAACGCCGAGGCCCUGUACGUAGUGUAUAUGAAGUUAGCGGAGAUCCACGGGAACCACAUCCCUGAUACUCAGCUAUGCCAGCUGUACAGAGACAGAGCCCAUAGCCUGAAGAGAAUUCUUUCGGGAGCAGAGGACUCUGCUGUGAACCAGGAAAUUGGAAAGGAUACAGAUGAAGUCUGUGGCAGUGAACCAUUCCCAAGAAAUUGUCUGAUGCAAGUGGAUACCGACAGAGGCACUGCGAUCAGAAGAGUGGAUGACUACAUUCCUCCUCCUGACACAAACAAUUCAUUGGUUGACAUCCCUGCAUUUACUGCCAGUCAGUCUUAUAAUGAGAGUAUUUUGACUGAGUCCUUUGACACAGCCAGGGAGCACAUGUCAGACUCAUGCAGCUCAACAGACACUGUACAAACUUCCCCCAAACAAUUAAAUGGGGAUGAUGAUUUGUCCAGUAAAAUCAGUCUCUAUCCUGAGAAAGAACUGGACAUGGCUCCACAUUUUGACCAGAAAGAUCCCAGCAGUGGAGAUACCCUUUCAUCCUAAGUGGAUUCACGUGAGCCUCCACGCAAAAAAAACAAAACUCAUGGCACUUUAUGUUCCUUAUUUCCCUUUUUCUAGACACGUGUCUGAGCCAGUAAAAGGAAUGCAAUGUUCUAACAAGAUGGCACUUAUUUAUAGAAUGAGACGAGAGUUCUAAUUUGCUUUAAAUGAUGUGCCUUUCUAUGAUACAGUUGGCAUAUCAGAAUGUUGUCACAAUGAUAGGGGUUUUCUAUGUCUUUUAUACUUCUGCGACAUGUCUUAUAAGAUUAUGUUAAUCAGAGAAAGAAUACAUUUCGACAGAUGACAACAUUAAUAAAUUAUUUUGGGCAAUAUUGACACUGAGAA